AUGGAGCAGAGGCUCUGCGAAGCAGCAAUUGAUGGAAAUGUAGAAUCAUUGGAUGAAAUAAUUGGAGCAGACCAGCUUAUUCUGGAUAAAGUAGUGGUAGGAUGCAUCAAUCCAAAUCCACUCCACGUGGCUACUACACUUGGCCGCACACAGUUUGUGCAACGCCUUGUGCAUCUCAAACCAGAGCUUGUUGAAGUUUUAGAUUCGAGAUAUCGGUCUGCCCUUCACUUGGCAACCACUAAGGGCCACUUUGAUAUUGUGCAAGCUUUAGUAAGAGUAAGAGAGGGUCGUCAGAUGUGCCUAGCUCGUGAUCGAGACGGUAAAAAUCCUCUUCAUAUCGCCGCCAUGGAAGGCCAUGGGAGAACCUUGGAAGUGUUGGUUGGGACCAUUCCCCACGCAGCUCGAGUAAGGCUGGACUCAGGCGAGACCAUUUUACAUUUAUGUGUCAAGCACCAGCAGUUAAACACUUUGAGCCUCCUGCUGCAAGAUUCCAGAUCCAGAGUUUGUUAA